UCUUUUCUUGCUGCCCGCCAGCUCUGCCGACCACGGACGAGCGCGAGAACAAACGCGAACGGGAUGCAGCUGCAGCCGCCCCCCUUCCCAGCCUCUCCCCAACGCCCCAAUGACAGCAGAGUUGGGAGUAGGGAUCCAAACCCGUUCCUCCACCAGGGCAACAGCAGCAGCAGCACUAGCCGGCCCUAUAUUUCGCAGCAGCAGCAGUUCGACGAGUCACCUUCUCGAAGGAGCUCGCCGCCCCCGCCGGCCGCACCCAGGCAACAAGAGCAGCAGCAAGUUCUCCCCCCGAGGCAGAGCCCCUCAUCCGCCAGCGUGCCUGGCGGACGGUAUUCUGCCCCUCCCCUAGCCGAGCAGCGGCAGCAGCAGCAGCGGCAGCAGCAGCAGCAGCAGUAUCAGCAACAGAAGUGCUGGAGAAGCCAGGACGGCGGCGGCGGCGGCAGCGGUAGUGACGGCCUCGUCAGACCAGCCAGCAGCGGGUUCGAGGAGCAUCGAUACGACACCACCGAGCUGCAGCAGAGGGUGAGAAGGAGCUCGAGCGAUCAGAGGCUGGACUGGAGGUUGGACGGCGAGCCCGAGCCCGAUCCCAACCGCCGGCGCGCGACCAACACCCCCGGCCGCUGCAGGAGCCAUUCCUCGGCUGCGCAGGACGGCGGCGGCGGCGGUGGUGGAGGAGGGUCAGGGCGUCCCCUCAGCGUGGGGCGAAGCAGGUCUGGACGCACCGCGGAGUUGAGGAGAUCGCUCAGGAAGAGAAGUCAAUCCGUGGGGGAUAAGAUGGUUCUGGUUGGGCCGGGAGCGCCAUCGCCGCCGUUCAACCCGCCGGCGCCGGCGCAGCCCAACCUCCUCCUUUACCACGUCUCGAGACCGGAGCCACGAGCGCGCUGGGUGUUCAACCUCUCCAAGCCCACUAACGUCACGGACAGCGGGCCCCCGCCGGAGACCAUCACCUCCACCAUCGACAAGAAGCGGCCGAAUCUGGGCGGUCUUGUGUGGGUCAACGCGGUCGCGGGCAGCCUCCACUGCUGCCUGCAGAAAGGGGUCAAGAAUAAGGCCGUCACUCCUGUGCCGGCCAAUGUGUUGGACGGCUGGCUCAACGGGCAGACUGGGCUCUGGUGGAUAGGCGCUCUGAAGGAAGGCCACCGGGCGCUGUGGGACUCGCACGUGGUUAUGAACUGGGCCAUGGUCUUCAUACCCUCUUCGCCGGAGAACGUCACACUUGCCUCUAGUGCACCGGAAGCAGCUGAAGACCUGCUGCUUCUGCUGUAG